GUGAGUUCUGGGUGAGUCCCUCCCGGUCCCUCCGGCAGUGUUUCGAAGCGGAAUCGGGGACCAUGGCAGACGAGGAGGACUCGGCGCCGGAACCUGCCGCCGUCUCUCCCCCGGCGACCCCUCUCACCGAGCGGCCUCACUCCGUGUCCUUCUCCGAGAGCGUCCAGCCGGCCGUCGGGAUGGUGAGCCAGCUGCUAACCCAGCCGUCCUCCCUGAAGUUUGACAAAAACAUCAAACAGGCCUUCUACAACACCGGGGCGAUGAUCUUUGUGGCGAUCUGCUGCGGGGCUGCCGUCCUGGUCUACUUCAUCCUGGAGGCCUUCCUCCGCCCGCUGCUCUGGGCGGUGCUCUGCGGGACCUUCCUGCACCCCUUCAAGCACUCCCUGGCUCGGCUCGGCCGCUCGUGGCUCAGCGGCCUGCAGGAGACCGGGACGCCCAUCGUAGUGGGGACGCUGCUGAUCCCGGUGUGGUGUGUGAACUACGGGGUGGAGCUGAUGGGCAAGCUGGUGCUGGAGAGGCUCAUGGUGCUGCUGGUGAUCGGGGCCGGGGCGCCGCUGGUUUACUUCCUCUACCUUUUCUGGAGCGUCAUCGGCAUGCAGGUGAUCCUCGGGCACGUCUGUGGGAUCAUCGGGGCCAUGCUGGACUGUUUCCACGCCGUGUGGGUGUGCACGGUGGUGGUUGGCUACCUGUUGGCCGUUUGUUUCAAGUGGAGUCCUCAUACGGAGCACUACCUGCGUGCUCUGGCUCUUCCUGUCUGGGCCGUCCUGCUCUUCUACAUCGUGUCCCUGACCGGCUCGUGGAGAGUGCCCAUAUUUGUGGUUGUGGUUGCACUCAUCAUCGUGGGCUCGCAGGAGAAACCACCUGUUCCCGGCAGAG